UUUUGUGUGUGUUCUCUCUUUCUAUAACGGGGCACUGUUUGCUCAACAUCUUCAGAUUGAAGUAAGUUUCUGCGCUUCCAUAUUUGUGGUCUUGGGAUCUCAAUCCUCCAAGCGGGCAUUGGUGACUGCAUUUGUUUUACUCACUUGUAAAUUUUAUUUCAUUUGAAGUUGCAAGCUGGGUUUUAAAGUGAAGGGCUUUGGGGAUUUGGGUGUAGAAGUUUCUUCAUUUGGAUAUCUUCCUUCCUCUUUUUUUCUUUUUCUGAAAAGCAGUGCAUGCCCAAUAACAUCUUGUUCAGCUGAGUUUUAUAGGAUUGUUAGCCUUGCCUUGAGUUGGGGCUCUGCUUUGGUUUCAGAAAUGGGGACACUGGGGUUUAUUCCAAUGACAUUCCUCAAAUGUCUAUUCUUGGCUUGCUAUCUUGCUUCUUCUUUGGGUCUUAAUUCCCCAAUCCAAUCCUGUGAUCGAAAUGAUCUCCAUGCACUGAGAGAGUUUGCAGGAAACCUUACAAAUGGGUCCAUUAUCACAGCAUGGGACAAGACUUCAAUUUGCUGCCAAUGGGAUGGUGUUGUCUGUGAGAAUGUGAACAAUGGGACAGUUGCUAGUAGAGUCACCCAGUUGAUUCUUCCCAGCAGGAGUCUCAAAGGGUCGAUUUCGCGCUCGUUGGGACAAUUGGAUCAGCUGAAGUUGCUUAAUCUUUCUCUGAAUCAUCUUGAAGGUGGAUUGCCUGCAGAGCUCUCAUUCUUGAAUCACCUGGAAGUUCUUGACUUGAGCAAUAACAUGCUGUCAGGACCAGUUUCAGGUGCGCUUUCUGGUUUGAAGUCUAUUAAAGUACUGAAUAUUUCAAGCAAUUCAAUCCAAGGCAAUUUGUCUGAGCUAGGAGGAUUCCCACAUCUUGUGGUGUUUAACAUAAGCAACAAUUCAUUCACUGGUCAGUUCAAUCCUCAAAUUUGUAGCUCUUCCAGGGAAGCUCAAAUUCUUGAUAUAUCUUGGAACCGUCUCACGGGCAGUCUUGAAGGCUUAGAAAAUUGCAGCAGGUCUCUCCAACAGUUGCACUUGGACUACAAUUCAUUUGCAGGCCAUCUACCUGAGUCUUUGUAUUCAUUUUCAGCUUUGGAGCAGCUUUCGGUCUCUGGGAACUCUCUUUCCGGCCCGAUAAGCAAGGAACUGAGUAAGCUCUCUGGCCUCAAGACCAUAGUCAUUUUUGGAAACCAAUUCUUUGGUGAACUUCCAAAUGUGUUUGGGAACCUUAGACGACUAGAACUGUUAGUUGCACAUUCAAAUAUGUUAUCUGGGCCAUUGCCUUCAACCUUGGCACUCUGCUCAAAUCUUCGAGUUCUUGAUCUUCGAAACAAUUCUCUAUCAGGUUCUAUUGAUCUGAAUUUCACUGGUCUUCCUAAUCUCUGCACACUGGAUCUUGCUACUAAUCGUUUUUCUGGCUUCCUUCCAAAUUCACUGUCUUAUUGUCGUGAGUUAAAAACUUUAAGCCUUGCUAAGAAUAAAUUCAGGGGCUCAAUCCCUGAAGAUUUUUCAAAACUCACAUCCCUUUUCUUUAUCUCAUUGUCAAAUAACAGUUUUGUGAACUUAUCUGGGGCACUCUCUGUGCUGCAGCAGUGCAAAAAUCUCACGACUCUUAUUCUUACAAAAAAUUUCCUUGGUGAGGAGAUUCCAAAAAAUGCAAGUGGGUUUGAAAGCUUAAUGGUUUUAGCACUUGGGAAUUGUGCUCUUAAAGGCCAAAUUCCAGUUUGGUUAUUGAGCUGCAGGAAGUUACAAGUACUUGAUUUGUCAUGGAAUCAAUUGGAUGGCAGCAUCCCUCCAUGGAUUGGUCAGAUGGAGAACUUGUUUUAUUUGGACUUUUCAAAUAACUCUCUCACUGGAGAAAUCCCGAAAAGUCUGACAGAGCUGAAAAGCUUCGUAUCUACAAAUUGCAGUCAUUCAAAUCUUAUUGCAUCUGCUGGCAUCCCGCUGUUUGUUAAACGAAAUAAGAGUGCUAGUGGCCUGCAAUACAACCAGGUCUCGAAUUUUCCUCCUUCAAUAUACUUGAGCAAUAACAGAAUAAACGGAACAAUUUGGCCUGAAAUCGGACGACUGAAGCAGCUCCAUGCUUUGGAUUGGAGCAGGAACAACAUUACUGGGACCAUCCCCAGCUCUAUCUCAGAGAUGGAGAACUUGGAAACAUUGGAUUUAUCAUUCAAUGAUCUGCAUGGUUCCAUCCCUCCGUCGCUUAGCAAGCUCACAUUCUUGUCUAAGUUUAGUGUGGCAAAUAAUCACUUGCAUGGGGUAAUUCCCAACGAAGGACAGUUCUUAAGCUUUCCGAGCUCAAGCUUUGAGGGUAAUGCUGGACUUUGUGGGGAAAUAUAUAUCCCAUGUGGUGAUGUCAGUAAUACAAGUCUCAAGCCUGUAAUGCCAUCCAGUUCAAACAACAGAUUUCGUCGGAACAGCAUCCUUUGUGUCACAAUCAGCAUAGUGGUUGGGAUUGCUUUGCUUCUUGCAGUUGGUCUACUUAAAAUGUCUAGGAGGGGAGUAAAGGAUCAAAAUGAUGAUUUUGAUGACGACCUCAGCAGGCCGCACAGGUUAUCCGGAGCACUAGCAUCUUCAAAAUUGGUGCUUUUUCAGAAUUCAGACUGUAAGGAACUUACAGUAACAGACUUGUUAAAGUCUACAAACAAUUUCAACCAAGCAAACAUAAUUGGUUGUGGUGGUUAUGGUCUGGUUUACAAAGCCAACCUACCCAAUGGCACAAAAGCUGCAAUCAAAAGACUUUCUGGGGAAUGUGGACAGAUGGAACGUGAGUUUCAAGCUGAAGUGGAAGCCCUCUCAAGAGCUCAGCACAAGAACCUUGUUUCUCUUCAAGGUUAUUGUCGGCAUGGUAAUGACAGGUUGUUAAUUUACUCCUACAUGGAGAAUGGAAGUUUGGAUUAUUGGCUGCAUGAAAGUGUUGAUGGUGUUUCGCUUCUGAAAUGGGAUGCAAGGCUUAAGAUAGCUCAAGGUGCAGCUCGUGGAUUAGCCUACUUGCAUAAGGGCUGUCAGCCAAAUAUAGUGCAUCGGGAUAUAAAAACGAGCAACAUUCUUCUGGAUGAAAAAUUUGAAGCUCACCUGGCUGAUUUUGGUCUUUCAAGGCUACUUCGUCCUUAUGACACUCAUGUUACGACAGAUUUGGUGGGGACUUUGGGUUAUAUUCCUCCUGAAUAUAGUCAGACAUUGACUGCAACCUGUAGGGGCGAUGUUUACAGCUUUGGUGUUGUUCUUCUUGAACUUCUUACUGGUAGGAGGCCUGUAGAAGUUUGCAGAGGGAAAAACUGCAGAGAUUUGGUAUCAUGGAUGUUUCAAAUGAAAUCUGAGAAGAGAGAGGAGGAGAUCAUAGACUCAUCAAUUUGGAAUAAGGAUCAUGAGAAGCAGCUUUUAGAAGUGCUUGGUGUGACCUGCAAAUGCCUAGAUCCCAAUCCAAGGCAGAGACCGUCUAUUGAAGAAGUUGUCUCGUGGCUCGAUGGUAUUGGAUUUGAGAGUGCGACACAAUGAAUAUCCUUGCUGCGUUUCAUUUCAUCCUAUGGAACUGAACUGAGGUUCCCUUAGGAUCCCAAAAUGGAAAGGUAUACCUGUAAAGCAACACUAUUGCAAGUCUAUGGUUGGUGCAGUCUCUUUGGUUUCUUAUAGAAAACACUCCUUCGGUACUUUAUGCUCAAAGAUGUAAUAUGUAUACAAAGGCUAUGUUGGCCACUUCUACCCGAAAUAAGCAUUUCAAAAUUUGUAGAACUUCUGUCCUCUUUUCCUUAUAUAUUAUUAUUAUUAUUAUAGGCAGUUUUGUGUUCUCUGGUGAUGAAAGGCACAUAGCAGUUGAAAUGCUUUUUCUUUUCCUAGCAUUUGUAUCUAGUUUGCUUCAUUGUAGACACAUGACUUGAAUACCUGAAAUUAUUUAUAUGUAUAUAAUAUUAUAAUGCAUAUGAAUUGUUACUUAUUACAUAUACAGUGACAGUGAGUUU